AAAAAAAUGAUGGGUUCCAAGGCAUUUUUGUUUCUUGGCAUUUUUUUGGUUACUUUUGCAAUAAUAAGCUAUGAGGUUGUAGCUAGGGAGUUGGCUGAGACCUCAAUGAAAUCGGAUGAUGUACACGAUGAUGGAUAUAAUGACAUUGACGGAUAUCCCGGAGAUAAAUAUGAUGAAUAUAAUAAUGGAUAUAAAUUUUCUGGUGGCGGAUGUUAUCCUCCACGUGGUGGAUAUAAUUCCCCUUGUAGUGGAUAUAAAUCCUCACAUGACGAUUAUAACAAUAGAUAUAAAUCUCUUGGUGGUGAAUAUAACAAUGGAUAUAAGCUUCCAAGUGGUGGAAAUAAACCCCCACAUAGUGAAUACAACCCUCCAAGUGGCGAAUACAACCACCCAUAUGACAAAUAUAAACCUCGGUGUGGCGAAUAUAAUCCCCCACAUGGCAAAUAUAAAUCCCCUAGUGAUGAGUAUAAACCUCUAUGUUAUAAACCCCCUAGUGAUGAAUACAAACCUCCAGGUGCACAUGAUAAAUAGAAACCCCCUAGUGAUGAAUACAAACCUCCAGGUGACAAAUAUAUCCCCCACAUAACAAAUAUAAACCUUCUAGUGACGAAUACAAACCUCCAGGUGACAAAUAUAACCCUCCAC